UAUGUCACCACCCAUUUAUUUUAAAAGCUUAAUAUCAGUUUUCUUUAAAAAUCCCUAGAAAGCAGUAGUAUGUCAAUGGCGAAGGCUGCAGGCAGUUCCAGAUGGUCUCUUUCUGGAUUUACCGCUCUCGUUACCGGUGGAACACGAGGAAUCGGGCAUGCGGUUGUUGAGGAAUUAGCGGAACUGGGUGCCACAGUCUACACCUGUUCACGAAAUGAGGCAGAGCUCAACGAACGCUUACAAGAGUGGGCGGUUAAAGGCCUUCAAGUCAAGGGUUCUGUUUGCGAUGCAUCUUCUAGGGAACAGAGAAUUCAACUCAUGGAAAAUGUCUCCGCAGCUUUCGACGGAAAGCUCAACAUUCUUGUCAGUUCUCUCUCUAUACAAAAUAGGAAAGCUCAACAUUCUUAUAAACAAUGUGGGGACUAACAUUAGGAAGCCCACCACCGAUUACACUGCUGAGGAAUAUGCCCAUCUGUUUUCUACCAACUUGGAAUCUGCAUUCCAUCUGUGCCAACUUGUUCACCCUCUUUUGAAAGCAUCUGGAAAUGGAUCGGUUGUCUUUAUCUCUUCUGUUGCUGGUCUGGUGCACCUGUCCAGUGGUUCUAUUUAUGGAGCAACGAAAGGGGCAAUAAAUCAGCUCACGCGAAAUUUGGCUUGUGAAUGGGCAAAAGAUAACAUUCGGGUUAAUGGUGUUGCCCCAUGGUAUAUAAAGACGUCUUUGGUAGAACAUUUGCUCGAAAAUAAAACAUUUUUGGAUGGAGUAAUAUCUAGAACUCCCCUUAGACGCCCUGGAGAAUCUCAAGAAGUUUCAUCCCUGGUAGCUUAUCUAUGUUUACCUGGGGCAUCUUACAUUACCGGGCAAGUUAUAGCGGUUGAUGGUGGAUUCACAGUCAAUGGAUUUGAAAGGCCAAGUUUCUGAUCUUUAUGGUCCAUGUAUCUUUUAUAUGUGCAGACACCCAUCUUUGUUUCUUAGUGAUCACGUUGAGACCGACAUGAAUAAAGCUCUAUUUAGUAUCUUCCUUAGUCCCUGUUUAUCAGAUCAUGAGAAGAGCAUUUUUUGUAGUUGAUUAUGUUGGGCAUCAUACUAAGUUGUUUUUUCAUCUUUGCACGUUCCAUGGCCCUAAUUUUGUUGAAGUGCAAUUUCUUAUUUUAUUUGAACUGUUGGGAGGGAAACAUUUGAUUAUUUACACAUGUUUGUAAAGAAUUUUGCAAAUAGCGAAAGACCUCCCAACUCA